GGAUGGUUCAUGGCGGUGAUAAAGGGCUUAUCAAAAAGUUUACUUUAAUCUUAAAUAUCGCUGUUAGUAAUGCUUUCCACUGGUAAAUAGCGUACGGUAUCAUAGAACCUUUCUUAUAUACAAAUGUGGAUGGCUGUGAGACCUUAAGUGAAAGACGGUGAUAAGGUGCUUCGAUUGAAGUUUGCAGAGUGCUAAGUUAUUUGCAGCAGUAUUGUGUCAUCAUGUCAGACGACGAAGAUAAACCCCCAGCACCUCCUGUGCGACUGACUAGUAACAGGGGUGAUUCUACUCCAAAUCUUCCAGUGGAUAUGCGUCCACUUCCCAAAGAACCAGACGCAGAUGAUCGCAAGAAAAAGACAUUGAAGGGCAAGAUGAAACAGAAGGGGAAAGAUAACGAGAAACCAAACAUUUCAUAUCCAACAAAUUUUGAACACACAGUUCAUGUUGGGUUUGAUGCAGUUACAGGUGAAUUCACGGGAAUGCCUGAGGCCUGGGCACGUCUGCUUAUGAGUUCCAACAUUAGUAAACAGGAACAGAAGAAGAAUCCUCAAGCUGUUCUUGAUGUACUCAACUGGUUUGAUAGUUCUAGUAAAGAAGUCAAAGGUUCCAAGUACAUGACAACUACAAAAAUGGUUGCAACAGUGGACCUUGCACCAUCACCUCGACCAAGCCUGCGCCAAGGAACCACCAACUCAGGAUCAAGCCACAGUCAGCAUAGCUUGAGUCAUCCAUCAAGCAGUAGUCCUUCAUCAACUACUCCUGAUACAGAGGGUGGUGGCAAUGUCACAUCUGCAGCUACAAGCAGUGAAGUUGAGGAGGAACCUCCUCCACCUCCAAUUGCAGCUCGCCCUGAGAGAACAAAAUCAAUUUACACAAAACCAAUUGAAGAAGAAGGAAUUGUAUCAGCUGCAACACCUCCUCCACCCCGCACCACCAAUGGCACCUUGGAUAAAAACCGCAACAAUGCAAGUGUAGGUCCUGGAGGAGGAACAUGUGGUGGGGGAGAUCAAAGAACUCCUAGUGAUAAGGCUCGAAAGAAGAAAAUGAGUGAUGAGGAAAUUUUGGAACGAUUAAGAACUAUAGUCAGUGUUGGAGAUCCUAACAGGAAAUAUACCAAGAUGGAAAAGAUUGGACAGGGUGCUUCAGGAACAGUGUACACUGCUAUUGAAACAUCAACUGGGAUGGAAGUGGCUAUCAAACAGAUGAAUUUGUCACAGCAGCCAAAGAAGGAAUUGAUUAUCAAUGAAAUAUUAGUAAUGCGAGAAAACAAGCAUCCCAAUGUAGUGAAUUAUCUAGAUAGUUACCUAGUUGGGGAGGAACUUUGGGUUGUGAUGGAAUAUCUACCAGGAGGAUCUCUCACAGAUGUUGUGACAGAAACAUGUAUGGAUGAAGGUCAAAUUGCAUCUGUUUGCCGAGAAGUUCUGCAGGCUCUGGAGUUUUUGCACUGUAACCAAGUGAUUCAUCGAGACAUCAAGUCUGAUAACAUCCUCCUUGGACUAGAUGGUAGUGUUAAAUUGACUGAUUUUGGUUUCUGCGCACAGAUUUCACCUGAGCAGUCAAAGCGCACAACAAUGGUAGGGACGCCCUAUUGGAUGGCACCUGAAGUUGUUACACGCAAGCAAUAUGGGCCUAAAGUUGAUAUAUGGUCUCUUGGAAUUAUGGCUAUUGAGAUGAUAGAAGGGGAACCUCCAUAUUUAAAUGAAAACCCUCUUAGGGCUCUAUAUCUUAUCGCAACAAAUGGGAAACCAGAUAUUAAAGAGAAAGAGAAGCUGUCUCCCAUCUUCCAGGACUUCCUGGACCAGUGCCUAGAAGUGGAGGUGGACAAGCGGUCGCCUGCAUCUGAACUGCUCAAACAUCCCUUCCUGAAGCUGGCUCGUCCCUUGGCAAGCCUUACGCCUCUGAUCAUGGCAGCAAAGGAAGCUGCAAAAAGUCACUAGUUGUCAGCACAGUGUCAGUGUAUGCAACAGUUGCAUCAGUAUCUUGGUGACAUGUCACAGUGUCGGAUAGCAAGAGACUGAAUGUCGUGUGAGGGGUGGGUGACAGCAGCACAAAACAGACAAUAACUAUCAGUUAAGUUUCAGGGAUGGAUGAGAUGUUAGAACCCGUGGAUGGUGUGAAUUUUAAAACAAAGGAAUACAGGUAAUGGAAGUUUAGUGUUGGUUGGUAUAUUUAAUUUAAACCAUCAUGGAAAGUGAAAAGAUUGCAGUCUUGAGUUUUUCUUUUUGAAAAAUAAGAAAAAAUUGUUUUAUUUUUGUAAAACUUUGGGGUUUUCACAUAAUGUAUUGUUUGUUUAAAUACUACUGAUGUCUACCUUUUAACCUCUCAGCAUUGGAGAAUUAAUAUAAAUAUCCCGAAGACAGAGGAAAUGGGGCUUUAAAUUCACAAAGUAUACAUCUUAUACUGAAAUGACUGUACCUGUUCAUUCAGAUUACAUAAAGAAUUUCUGUAAUACUUUUAGGAAUAUGAGGGUAGUGAUUUACAAUAUAUCCCCGACACUCCCAGUUGAAAUUUUAUGAAUCCUUCAUAAUGGUUUAUUUUUAUUACUUUAUCUUCUACAAAUUCUUUAUUGGAAAAUUUAGGAUUCUUCACUGUGAUUAAGUUGUCCUGACCGUUAUAACUUGACAUUCUUCCAUUUGAAAUCUGUCAUUACCUCUCUACAUCACAUCAUCAUCAUCAUUAUUGAAAAUAUGUCAGUUAAUGCAUAUUUUUCCACAAAAUGUUUACUGUCACUGUCUGAAUUUGCUUCCAGUUAUUUUGAAGGUACAGCUUACCCAUUUAUACUACUAAUGGAUGCUGUGUAUCUACUUGGUAACAAACUGCAUAAUUAUUUAACACUAAAGAAAGCCUUGGUUUCAGAAAAUGAAAGCAGUCAUUCACAGUAAAUAUGAAUAAACAAUAAUCUAACCAUCCAGGCCUGUGACAUAAUAAUUUUUAAGCUGUUAGAGAUACGCCCAGAACAGAAUAUGUAGAGCUGUAAAAUUCUUCCUCAUCUCUGUUUGUGUAUUGACCGUGUACGAAUGUGACAAGGAUCAGUCAUAGUCCAUUCAGCUUCAAAAAUCUCUCAUAGAAACUAACAUCUAUUGGUACUACAGCACUUGGCAGCAGUAUAGAGAACUUAAUCAGCAAGUGCUUGUGUUGACAUGGGCAUUUUGAGUUUGUGUGAUGGCAACAUGGCAUGGUUCUGCCAUACUGAGGGUUGUGGAUGGUGCUGAGAGGUUAAGUAAUAAAUCAUUUUACUUUCUUUGAAAUUGAAGUCAUUGGUUUACACUCAGGAUUUAAUUUUUUUUAAAUUGUCAUGUCAAAUUCUUGGUAGUGCUGUUUCAUUCCAUUUUGGAAGCUAGAUAUACAAGAGCAUUUAAAGUUACAUAUGAGCAUAGGCAUCAUAAAAUGAAUGUCAGCCACAUGUUUUGAGGAUGGUGGCAAUGUGUACUGACCAGUGGAGAGUUACUGGUAUGCAGAGAAUAUCUAGUGUUUAUUUUAAAAGUGUAGCCAUGGAGAUGUGGACACACCUUUAAGAAAAACACAUAAUAAUUACCCUUUUACAAAAUAACUGGAAGAUGGCUGUCUUCUGGGUUGUUGCUCCAUGUAGUCUGGUAGAAGUUUACCAUUUUUUGAGAAGUCCUUAUUGCCUUCACUCAUUGCCUUGAUGAUGGAGGCAGCAAGAACCUCUGAAAUGUUGAUAAACCUCUACCAGACUACAUGGAGAAACAACCCAGAAGACAGCCAUCUUUUUACUCACCACAGUGAGAACCUCAAAUCCUACUUGAAAGGUAACUGUUUGUGAGGCCUCUUUGCUGCUGUCCUGAACCAGGCUGUUUGUGGCAGUGGAAUGUGCUACAUGCUGUGGCAGUCAUACUUUUUGUUAACUGCAGUCUAGGAUUGGGCAAAAAGCCAAGUUAUAAGUCGUAAACUGGUGAUUGGUGUGGAUAGAAGUUGGAGCCAGUUACAUAUAUCAGUCCUGGGAUCGGGAAACUGGAAGACGAUGCCAGAAUGGAGGUUUUGUUUACAUGUGAUGUUUCCACAAGUUAUCAGUUGUAGCCACAUGUACAGUUUUCCUUCAGUGAACUAAAGUAAAAAAUUGUUAAAGAUUUCAAGUUAUUUUACAUUUACUUUAGAAAAUGAUCUUCAGAAACCUGUGUCAUGAAAGAACAAUAGCAGUAUUUUUUCUGCUCAUAUUUUGAAGACCUACAAAAAAGUAAUUUGAUGACUUUAAAUGAUAAAAGGACUUUCUUUGUGGAAUGGAAAACUGUACCAAUGACUUAUUAGUAACUGGACCUGUAUGGAAAUAAUCCUAGAUGUAGUCUGGUCCUUGUAUUUGUUGGUUUAUUGUUACUUUAAGACUCCUGACAGAAAAAUAGUUCUGUGGCUUUUUACAAGUACAGUAGUAGCUUUGCAACUUUGAAAAAUGUGAGGGAUCUUUUUAUGAUUAUUUCCAUACAGGAUUAGUGACAGUUUCUUUAUAUUCUUGGGUUUUGUGUAACUUAGAAUUGGACAAUCAGCUCCAGUAAAUCAACAGGCCGAGUAUGUCUAGGAAGAAUUUGAGAAUAAACAGUUUAAAAGUAUUUAUUACAUUAUUUCAAAUAGAGAUAUGGAAGUUGUUAAUUAUAUUAAUUUUGGACUUUUUAUUUGAUAUAUUUUGCAUUUUUAUAUAUAUUUAUUGUAGCAUUUCUAAUGAUUUUCUACAGUGUUGAUUGUAAUUUUAACAUUUUUAAAAAUCUCUUUUAACCUGUUUUAAACUAUAGUAAUGUGAGAUGUGUUUAAAAAUCAGGAAAUCCAUUAUAGGUAUGGUUGGAACAAUGUGUGGUAUCCUGUAGUCUUUCUUUGUAUAUUCUUACAUUUUAAAUCUUACUCAGAGAUAUCUCUUACAAUGGUGGCUGUUGUUUCUGACACAUUGCGGACCCAAAAAUGUGAUGCAUCAUAUGCCACAGAAAGCAAAUUUCUGUAUCUCCAUUUUGUUAUUGUUAUAGAAAAUCAUGAAUUUUGGAAAUGAUUUUUAUAGUCGGCGUAGUAGUUUUUGGCCGGUGGAGAAGCUAGCGGAGCUGGCAGAUGGGCCUACUCUGUGUACCUGAGGUGGCAUGGUAAGUGUAUUUCUUUUGUUUGGGCGUUCAGUCCGAUAAGCUCCUCGGUGCAGCAGUCGGCAUUAUACUAUCGCACAAAUGACUCGCUCCUAGCCUUCCCCUUGAAAAUUCCACCAGCCAAAAACUACUGCGCUGACUAUACUGUCCAAAGAAUUGCCACUUUAUGUAACCCUCCCAAUGGUUCUAUUUUCAUUUCAGUAUAUAUAUAUAUAAGUCCAAGUUGAAGUUACACAAAAUGUAUGUCUGUCCAUAUCAUGAUGGAAAGUUGGAAGGUUAGUGCAAUAAUUAUUACGUACGAAAUAUGGAGUUCUCUUCAUUGGGAUGCCCAAUGUGGUAAUUAGAUGUAUGACUGCACUUAUGCUAAGUAAUCUGGAUGGUUUUUAAUUUCUCACAAUAGCAGACUUGGGGCCAUCUGUAAUUCAUCAAUGCUGUAAGCACUAAUGACUUUCUCAUACAAAAGUAUUCUUUUGUGAAUCAGACUGAAUAUGCCUUGGUAAGGGAACACACACCAGAAAUUAAAAGCAUUGUUAAAUUUGUCAGUUGUGGUCUUCUGGGUUUUGGAUUUCUGUAGUCUUGUAGGUGUUUACAAGUGUUUGGAGAAAUGUUUUACCUUGUGAGGCAUUCACAUAGGAGGAAGAGGAUGGCUAAUGGCAAUUAGUAGAUAAGAAAAUGUGAAUGGAAAUUUCCUGAAAAGAGUCUCAUAAGGAAAGCCAUGAAAAGGAGCAUGUUUUAAGGAGAAUCCUAUAAGAAAUAGUGGGUCAAGGGAAGCCAAGUCAUAGUGACUGAUGAAAUAGGAAAAAGAUGUGAGAGUGGGCAUUGGGAAUGAGGAUAGAGAGAAGGGUGACCAAGAGGCCUGAAAAGGGAAGUUUUCAUGGAUGACUGUAUAGGGAACAUGUGUCAUAGAAGGUGUAACUGGGCAGAGGAGGGCUAAUAGGAAUUGUGCUCCAUAUUCUUUUUGAAAGACUGCUUUUAGUUUCUUCAUUGUAUGUUUGGAUGCAACCCAAUCUGUAUCAUGCCCUUGAUGAUCUGAUCUAGGCUUAUACUGUGUCCCAAAGUUUGUUUCUCUCUGCUUGAUGGUGUGACUGACCUGACUGUCUUAGGUAGUUGGAGAGCCCGUAGACUCUGCCAGUUGCUGUAGCCUAUGUAAUGGAAGUUGUUCUGGAGAAAUACCAAUUCUUGGUGGACAUUGUCUAGGUUGCAGAUGGGUUCAGCCCUAUGUACCAAGGUGGAAAGCACAGUUCACUUGUUUGCCACAUGUUGAGGCCUGGCAUUUUGAUAGGACCUUUAGAAGAUACUCCUUUUGAGGGCUUUCCAUAGGAGAUGCUUUCCUCAGAGCCUGUUACUCAACUCCUUUUUACCUUUUCUCCUGUCUUCCCCAUUUCCAUCGACUAUCUAUUAUGUAAAUGACAUCCCUGUCUUGAUUUGCAUUUGCUCUGCUGGGUGAAAUGUUGGUAACCACUUACAUGACUAAAUGACAUCACAGCCCAGUCAACUGACAUCUUUACUGCUGUGAGAAAUUCAGAUCUCACAUUAUUCUUUAUCAUUAGUUCUAGCCAUUUAAUUUGAAUUUGUAACUAUAUGUAAUCAAAAAUUGAUAGUGAAAUCCAUAGAUGUGAAUAUUUUCUUGCGGUUUGCUUGUUAUUAAGUGAUUAUAAAUUUUAAUAUUGGGACUUAAAACUGAAAAGUUUUCAGUUCAUCAUCUGUAUCAAUUGGGCCCACAGUAUUUAUGAAAUUUCCUACAAACCUUCUUCAUCUAGCCGUGAAUAACAGCCGGUGAAUUUUAUUGUGGUGAUAUAAAUCCCACAGAUUACACUUAGCAUGACCUACAUUACUUUAUGGCUGAUCAUAGGUCAGUUGAUUUAUAAACCUUAAUAAAAUAUUACAUUCCAAUUGGGCAUCUUAAUGAUAUGAAUGUACCAUCUUUCCAUCAUUCUCAUUCCCUCCAUUCUUGUAUGUAUAUCACCAUUGUUUUGGUCUUGUAAGGUAUAGAUAUUUUGCCAUGAAUUGUAAUAUUUUGUUACAAGUGUCAUGAUGGAAUUGGUUUGUGUUUGUUGCCUUUGAUUUUGAGCUCCAAGGUUGGCAUACUGUGUGGUUUCCAGAAUGAUAGUUUUGGUAACUGUCAGACUCUUAGUUUUGUGCCUCAAAAUAUCUGUGCUAGCAUGAACUAAUUAAUAAGAAGGAGUUUCUAUAUAGUAAAUUAAAUAAGUAAAAUAAAACAGCUAAUAAUUAUUCAACAAUACAUUUCACCAUAGAGUGGUCGAAUUGGGUAUUAAUGCUCAUUUCUCUAUUUUCACCGCUUCAGUAUUUACUUUGAAUUCACCUUGAAUUGGUGAAUGUCAAGCAAUUGACGAUGAUGAAUGAAAGAAUGAAUGAUCAGUCACUCAUAUGUAUAACCAGUGUAAGCAAAUACAGAACAGUUUGUGCAAUGAUUAAUAGUGUAAAAUGGCAAGCCUUUCUUUUUAGAUAUCUAUGGAAGCACUUAGAAAACUGUGGUAAGGUCUCUUUGCAUUUAACAUGACUUAGUUAAGUAUUUCUAGAGCUUCAGUAAGAGCAAAAAGGUUAAUUACUUCAUAACAAUGUGCAGCUCUAGAAUUCACAAUCCGACCUAAUGAAGGAACAAGGUUAGUUUUUGCAUGGUAGCAUUCAUAUUUAGGUGCAUUCUCAACCCUAUGGAGUGCCUGUUAAAAUUGCUCCCUAUCUUUUUUGCUUGUCAGUGUGUCUGUCCAUACAUGAAACAACUCAAAAAUAGAUAAACCAAUUUUGAUUAAAUGAUAUUGGAGAAUUUUAUAAAAAUUAUGUAGCCAUUUCAAUUUUAAUUUAGAUCUGACAGUUUUAAUGACUACUUUACAUAAGAACACAUAUACUUUUUUGUUUAUUUUAUCAUAUAGGGCAAUAUUUUCGUCAGUAUCGCAGCAUAUUAUUUUACCAUAAGUAUUAUAGCAGCCCAUUGUUAUAGUGUUAGAAUUUUCAUGCUUUUCUUCUCUUGAAUUGAUAGGUUAAAUUAUUCAGAUUUUAAAAAAUAUCACUCUCUUUUGUACCCCAUGAUUUAAGUGCCACUGGUUUACAGCUCUUGUAACACUAUUAAAUCAGAAAUACAUUUCUCAAAACCCUGUACUUUCAUCUGAGAGAAAAAUAGGACUUUGGAAACUGCUGGGAGGGGCAUUGGUACUAUGGUGUGGAGGUCAAAGGUCAUUGACCCUAGACAACUUGGCCAUCACUGGUGCUAUUUAUAAAUGUAAAAGUUCAGGUUUUUCAAGUGUGUGAGAACUGUUACUCUUUUCUUACAAUUUCUAAUUUUUUCAUUAAUUUGCCACUUAUAAUUUUAUAACACUGAAGGAUUUUAGGUUUUUUUAAUUAGCACUGAUUUUCUGGACUUUUUGAACUUACGCUGGAUGAAAUCGUAGCCCACUUCGACCAUGUGUGUUCCACAUUGAAUGACUUCAGAAUACUAGAAAUAAACGAAGGGAUGGAUGUGUACAUUAUAAAAACUAUGAAUUAUUUCAUUAAAGAAAGAGACCAUAAAAAGAAAGUGUACAUAUGCAACAGUAUUUUAUUGUUUUAUUUUUAUUCAGUGCCUGACCACAGUUCUGAAGGCCCUGGAUGAUGUUAUAUUUGUGCAAAUGAAUGAAUGAAUGGUGCUUUACAGCAGUAGGUAUAUGAGUGGGAAUGAGUAGACAGCUCGAACAGUAAUACACAGUUGAGGUCCAUAAAGAACUGUAUGCUAAUCUUUUCUUGGAUUCUGAAAGAGGGUAUCUGAAUACUGCUGUAUGUCUUACAAGAAGGUGUUAUCUAAAGUUGCAUUUCAGGGAAUAUUUGUAUUUUAACCAAAGUACAUUUUUGUGUGUAACUGACAUUACAACUUUCACAGAACUCCAGAGGUCUUUAAUUGUAGCUGAAAUUAGAUUUCCCCUUGUUUUACCUGUGUUUAUUUACUUGUUUCAUCUUCCUCAGGGCAGUCUUUAAUGAGGCAUACUGCUGUUGUCAUGUAAGUCAAAAGUCAUAGCCUCUGACUGCAGUUCAGAUUUUUCCAAAUUUUAAUGCUUACUACUUUAUGGGUCAUUCUGUAAGUUAUUGAUUAUUAAGUAAGUUCUGUCUGAAAACUUUUUAGAACUGAUAUUAUCCUUGCCACAUCCCCAUAUUGUCUAUAUCAUAAGCCAUUUCUUAAAAAAUAAAAUGUUUCUUCUUUAGCUUCUUUCUCUUGGUGAGUACACAUCUUCCAAAUACCUACUUUCCUAGAGAUUUCCUCACCAGAAACCAGUGUCUGUUUUUUGUGUCACCAAUCUUUGCCCAUUCCUUCAUAUUCUCCAUGUUUCAUCUGAUGUGAUACCUUUAGAAUUAUAAAUCACAAUGUUCUGAUAAUCCUUUCCUUUAUGCGACACACAUGUAGGUAGCAGUAACAGUACAUUGUUAACAGAACAUCUUGCAGUAAUUUCAUAAAACAGCAGAUGACCCUUUCAUGAUUGCUUUAGAAUGCUUGGGCCAGAUGUACAGCUCUCUGUGAUAUUUUUUUUUUCUGAUAGAAUAAGUUUGAAUGUUACAGUUAUAAUAUACAAACUGUAUUACAGUUAGUGAGUAUAUUGUUAAUGCAUAUGUAGUUUUGAUUGGGAUAGAAGCUUCCAUGACAAUUAUAAAAGAAUAACAUACUGUCUCCAUCAUUGCAGCACGUAACAUACAUUUUUAUUGCAAAUCAAUGUAGAAAGUGUUUAUACUAUAAUUAUCUUGACUGUGUGGAAUGAAUAAUUAUGUAACGUGAAUCUCAAGCUAUGCAACUUCAGACAAUAUUGUAAUUUAUAAGACCCUUUGUUGAAGUAUUUUUUCUGUAGGGUUCAGCAUAACCUCAGGUAUGAAAAGAGUACUAGAGGUGCUGUAUUCCUGACCUCAAGACUUGUUUUUUUAUUAUUAUUUGAAAUAUGAGCAAGCUGUUUCCAUUCAAGUAGUAAUUUUGAACCACCUUUGAACUGUUUAGUGGAAAUUAGGUAGAUACAUUAUGUAGCUCUCUGUACAUAGCAACUGUAGCUGUGUUUUUUGUUUUGUUUUUUAGAUUCAAGCCUACGUCCUCAGUUUAUUCAUUCACAUUUCUCUUUUUGUCUUCAAAUGAAAACCAGUUUUUUUCAUCUUGGUGCUUUUGAAAGGUCUAUAUGGUCUCCCUGCAUGACAAUGUAAUAUAAAAUCAUAAUUUUUGUCUUUGCACUUAGAUUUUGUCCAUAUUCUCUGAAAAUCAUUCAUUGUUUUCUGUAUCAGCUUCUCAGAAAUUAAACAUAAAUUAUUCUUAUGGAAAAAACGUUAUGUUGCACUGUUUUUGUAGAACAGGAAAAAUAUGUAAAUGUUUGAAAACAUACAAGUACUCAAUUGAUGCACAGUACUGUGAAGCUAGUCUAAGAGGGAUGGUAAGAUGCAUGGAAGUUUCUGGUUGCUUUACAUCUGAAGAGACACAAUUUGAAUGUUUCUCAGCAGUGAAAUAUUAUAGUUCAAUUUAUGAUUUAAUCAGAACAGUAAUAUUACUUAUCUUAAAGCACAAUCAUCACAAACAUCCAAACAUCAGUAGUAGUUCUGUUAUUAUUUUAGCAUUCACAUACGUUAUGUGAUGAGGGUCAUGUGUUACUGUAUAACCCUGGCAGAUGUGUUAUUCCUGGCUGCAUUCCUCAAUGAAAGCUGUGGAAUACUACACAGUUAAGACAUUUUGAAAGGAAAUAGUUUGUUCAUGUACUGAAAGGAUGUAGUUGCAUUUAUUAUAAUGGAAUCUACUAAAUCAUGCUGCAUGAGCUGUCAUUCUCCCACAGAAAGAUAGCCUAAAUAUACUGUGUAAGUAUAAGGCUUGUCUUAUUUAAUUAAACAGAAUGUGUGAAUAUGUAAUACUGUUAUGUAUGAAGUGAGUGUAUGUACAUGAGUAAGUGAAAAUAAUGUACUAAUUUGUGAACUGUGUCCCAUAAUUUUUUGUAAGCACAUUGGAUAAGUAAAGGAAGGAAUGCAGAUAUAUUAUGAUUAAUUAUAAAAAUUGAAGUACUAUAA